GUUUUUUGGAUUUUGAUUUGUUAUUGUUCCCGAGCUCAACAUUUUGAUUUUAGUUUGUGAUGAGUUACUUAUUUUUGAGAUCUGGUGCUAACUGGGUGUGGGAUUGAAGGGUUUGACUUUAAUUUGUAUGGUUAUAAUUGUGGUGAUUGAGUGGCUGUUAAGGAAUAGGAUGAAUGAUGGAGAUGGAGAUAGAUAAACCCAUUUUUUGUUUUCUUUUCAAUUUUUGAAUUGGGUUAAAGUUAUUAUGAGGAGAUGAAAAUGAUGGAUGAUUAUCUGGAUCUUUACGUUUGCAAUUGGUUGUUUGUUAUUCACUAAAAUAUUUUAAAAGCUAUAUCUUCUGAUUGAUUUCAUCCCUCUCUCUCUUUCUCUCUCCCCCCCUCCUUGUUUCAGGAUUGUGUUACUUUCUUCUAAUUGCUAGGAUUUGAAUCCAUUUUAGCCAUGUGAAGGGAUCAUAAUGGCAUCUGAACUUGUAAAUGCUGCAACAAGUGAAAAACUCAGCGAAACGGACUGGACAAAAAACAUAGAGAUUUGUGAACAGGUCGCGCAGGAUCAAAGACUAGCUAAAGAUGUUGUCAAAGCUAUCAAGAAACGUCUGGGGAGCAAACACCCUAAUACACAGCUCUUCGCCGUAAUGCUGUUGGAGAUGUUGAUAAACAAUAUCGGAGAACCUAUACAUAAGCAAGUUAUAGAUACAGGAGUUCUCCCCAUACUUGUGAAGAUAGUUAAGAAAAAGUCGGACCUUCCAGUACGGGAAAAGGCCUUUCUCCUAUUAGAUGCAGCUCAGACAUCUGUUGGUGGUGCUUCCGGGAGAUUUCCUCAAUAUUAUUCAUCAUAUUAUGAAUUGGUGAGUGCAGGAGUGAAAUUUCCUCAGAGGCCACAUGAUAACCCGAACCCCCAAGCUACCCAACAUGUGGAUAAGCUGUCUACUCCACCUAACAAGCAGCCUGCUGCUCCUCAAUCUGCAACAAAUGCUCCAGAAGCACAAGCUCACGGUGUUCCAGAAUCAAGUAUUCUUCAUAAAGCUGGAACCGCAUUGGAGGUACUGAGGGAUGUCCUUGAUACUAUUCAUACACAGAACCCUGAGGGAGCAAAGGAUGAGUUUACCCUAGAUCUUGUGGAACAGUGCUCAUUCCAAAAACAGCGAGUGAUGCACCUGGCAAUUACUUCGCGGGAUGAAAAAGUUGUUACACGAGCAGUCGAGCUUAAUGAGGAGCUUGAAAGAGUGCUGCGGAGACAUGAUUCUCUUCUAGCUGGCAGAAUGAUGCCAAGUACAACUCACACUGGCCAUGAGGAAGAGGAGGAAGAGGAAGAGCCUGAACAACUUUUUCGGCGGAUAAGGAAAGGAAAAGCGUGUGUGCGACCUGAAGAUGAAGACCACCAGAUUGACCGACCACUAGGAUUGAUGGGGCUCCCUGUUCCUGGGGAAAUGUUACAUCGCCCACUCAUAAGGCCCCUAACUGUGGAGCGUCAGCUGGAAGCUACACAGCGGCCUGAUAUAGAGCCUAAGCCAGAAACCAUCAGGCCAUUGCCUCUGGCAGUUAAUCCGGAAACAAAUCUUGGUAGACCUGCAGUGGCAAUCCCUCCCCCUCCUGCUAAACACGUCGAGCGAGAAAAGUUCUUCCAGGAGAACAAGACAGACGGAUCAGCUCUUAAUGGCCACAUAAGAAACCUUUCAUUGCACAGUAGAAAUGCCAGUAGCUCGCACAGUGGAAGUACAGAAUUUAGCGACUGAGCUAAAGGUAUUAUUACUCUGGAAAAUGUUUACCCUUUUUCUUCAAUCGAUUGGAUGUAGUGCUCGUGUGGAGAUUUGAGUUGAUUGCCACCAUUGUGCCUUAAGCUGACAAUCACUCCGGAGGUGUUCAGCCGGAACAUAGGAUGUUGCGGGAACUUACUGUUGUUCUCAGAAGUCUGUUUGUUGGGAUAGAUACUUAUUACCUUGAGGUUGACUACUAGUAGUUCUUUCACAAACUUGAGGUUUAUAGCAAGAUGGUGAGCUUGAGGUUGACUACUAGUAGUUGUUUCACAAACUUGAGGUUUAUAGCAUGAUGGUGAGCUUGAGCUUGAAUUUUUUUUAUAUAGAAAAUGUGAUGUUAUACUGAUACAGACCAAAUAGCUAUAUUUUGUUCUAUAUUUCCUUCCAAUUUGGUUUCUUCUGUAGAUAAUUUGUAGGUGUAGUAGUUGUGGAGUUAUAUAUGGUUAAACUGGCUUAUUGGCAGUCGAAUUGAAAUAUUUUGUGCUUGUUAAAA